GGACAAGGCGCCCACCGCCGGCCGCGGGCGGGCUCGGCGAAGGGACCGGCCGCGCAGCGCCCCCCCCACCCCCGCUCCCACCCCGUGGGUCGGAGCCCGAGUCGCGCCCGCCUUCCCCGGGACGCCCAGCCGAAGCGGCGGGAGCCAGGAGAGCCCGCGCGGGAGAAGAGGGAGGAGAAACUUUGCCUUUUAUUGUUGUUUUAGUCCUUAAGUGCCAGGAACUCUGUUGGGAGGAAAAAUGUCCUUCUUCAAUUUCCGUAAGAUCUUCAAGUUGGGGAGCGAGAAGAAGAAGAAGCAGUACGAACAUGUGAAGAGGGACCUGAACCCUGAGGAGUUUUGGGAAAUUAUAGGAGAAUUGGGCGACGGAGCCUUUGGGAAAGUGUACAAGGCCCAGAAUAAAGAGACCAAUGUUUUAGCUGCUGCAAAGGUGAUUGACACCAAAUCUGAAGAAGAACUUGAAGAUUACAUGGUUGAAAUUGAUAUUUUAGCAUCUUGUGAUCACCCAAAUAUAGUCAAACUUCUAGAUGCCUUCUAUUAUGAGAACAAUCUUUGGAUCCUCAUUGAAUUUUGUGCAGGUGGAGCAGUGGAUGCUGUGAUGCUUGAACUUGAGCGACCAUUAACUGAGUCCCAAAUACAAGUAGUUUGUAAACAGACCUUAGAGGCAUUGAACUACUUACAUGAUAAUAAAAUCAUCCACAGAGAUCUAAAGGCUGGCAACAUUCUUUUUACCCUAGAUGGAGAUAUUAAGUUGGCGGAUUUUGGAGUAUCAGCUAAAAACACAAGGACAAUUCAAAGAAGAGAUUCCUUUAUUGGCACACCAUAUUGGAUGGCUCCUGAGGUAGUCAUGUGUGAAACAUCGAAGGACAGACCCUAUGACUACAAAGCUGAUGUUUGGUCCCUGGGUAUCACUUUAAUAGAAAUGGCUGAGAUAGAACCACCACAUCAUGAAUUAAACCCAAUGCGGGUGCUGCUAAAAAUAGCAAAAUCUGAGCCUCCUACAUUAGCACAACCAUCAAAAUGGUCUUCGAAUUUUAAGGACUUUCUAAAGAAAUGCUUGGAAAAAAAUGUGGAUUCCAGGUGGACAACAUCUCAGCUACUACAGCAUCCUUUUGUUACUGUGGAUUCCAACAAACCAGUCCGAGAAUUGAUUGCAGAGGCAAAGGCUGAAGUAACAGAAGAAGUUGAAGAUGGUAAAGAGGAGGAGGAGGAUGAAGAAACAGAAAAUUCUCUGCCAAUACCUGCAAGUAAGCGUGCCUCCUCUGACCUCAGCAUUGCCAGCUCUGAAGAAGAUAAACUUUCACAAAAUGCUUGUAUUUUGGAAUCUGUCUCAGAAAAAACAGAACGUAAUACUCCUGAAGAUAAAUUUAACAGCAGAGUUCUUAAUGAAAAACCCACUACUGAAGAGCCUGGAAAAGCUGUGGAGGGUAUUGAUGAACAUUUAGGAGCUAUGGAUGAACUCCAUACUAGAACAAUAAUAAUCAAGGAAAAUGGGAAAGAGGAGAAGAGACCCAAGCUUGAAAAUCUGCCUGACACAGAAGACCAAGAAAGAGUAGACAUGAAGUCAAUCAACGAAGGAAAAGAGAGUAAUAUGAUAACUGUAGAAACAAAUAUUGAACAGAGUCUGAAACCUGAGGAAGAAAGGGAUCAGGAAAAGCAACAGAUAUUUGAAAAUAAGGUUAUAAAAUCUGAAGAAGAAAUUAAAGAUAUUACUAUUCAAACAAUGGAUUUAGUUUCUCAAGAGACUGGAGAAAAAGAGGCAGAUAUUCAAACAGUUGACAAUGAAGUUGAGCUUACAAAAGAAGACACCCAAGAGAAUUUGGGAAAAGAUGAGAAAAUGAAAAAAGAUGUGAUCAGUGAUACAAGUAAUGCAAUAGGAACAAGUGAGGCCAUAGAUGUUGCUCAGAAGGCAGUUGAAAACAAAGCUAAGGACGCUCAGAGUAAUGAUGGGAAAGAAAUGGUUGAAGCAGGUCAGGAAUUAGCAAGUAAACCCAUUGAGGGUCCUGAGGUUGGUGGUACUGAGGAAGUUUCUCUUAGAGAAAUAGUUGAAACUAAUGAGAUAGAUCAAAAAUCUAUAGAAGGCAAAGGCGAGAAACAGUUAAUCAGCAGUUCCGAGAACAUAGUGGAGACCACUGAGGAACCCAGGACAAAUGAAGUUGAAAUUACUGAGUCAAGUAGCACUGAAGAAAUAGAAGUCAGAAGUGCAGUGAUUCAUACUGAAGAAAAGGCUUCAGGAAGUGAAACACAGGAUGCUCAUGAAGCCACUACUCUGACAGAAUCAGAGCAAAAAGAGAUUCCAUGUGAAGUGCCAAUUAAAACAGAACCUGACGUUACUGCCACUUCACAGCCUGUUCCAAUACCUAGUAUUAAUAUCAACUCUGAUGGUGCAGAAAAUAAAGGGGAAAUAGGUGCUUUAUCAAAAAUUGAAACCACGUUGCUACCAGAAUCUGAGAUUCAAAAGGAAAAUGAUACUGAUUCAGGCACUGGUUCUACUGCUGAUAAUAGCAGCAUUGACUUGAAUUUGUCCAUCUCUAGCUUCCUAAGCAAAACUAAAGACAGUGGAUCAAUAUCUUUACAAGAAACAAGAAGACAAAAGAAAACAUUGAAGAAAACACGCAAAUUUAUUGUUGAUGGUGUAGAAGUGAGUGUAACAACAUCAAAGAUAGUUACAGAUAGUGAUUCCAAAACUGAAGAAUUGAGGUUUCUUAGACGCCAGGAACUUCGGGAAUUAAGAUUUCUUCAAAAAGAAGAGCAAAGAGCCCAACAACAGCUCAAUAGCAAACUGCAGCAACAGCGAGAGCAAAUCUUCCGGCGCUUUGAGCAAGAAAUGAUGAGCAAAAAGCGACAAUAUGACCAAGAAAUUGAGAAUCUAGAAAAACAGCAGAAACAGACUAUUGAACGUCUAGAACAAGAACACACAAAUCGCUUGCGAGAUGAAGCCAAACGCAUUAAAGGAGAACAAGAGAGAGAAUUGUCCAAAUUUCAGAAUAUAUUGAAGAACCGAAAAAAGGAGGUUAUAAAUGAAGUGGAGAGUGCACCCAAAGAGCUGAGAAAAGAGCUCAUGAAACGCAGGAAAGAGGAGCUUGCACAAACCCAGCAUGCUCAGGAACAAGAGUUUGUUCAGAAGCAACAACAAGAAUUAGAUGGCUCUCUGAAGAAGAUCAUCCAGCAGCAGAAGGCAGAGUUAGCCAAUAUUGAGAGAGAGUGCCUGAAUAACAAGCAGCAACUCAUGAGAGCUCGAGAAGCUGCAAUUUGGGAGCUUGAAGAACGACACUUACAAGAAAAACACCAGCUGCUCAAACAGCAACUUAAAGAUCAGUAUUUCAUGCAAAGACAUCAGUUACUGAAGCGCCAUGAGAAGGAAACAGAACAAAUGCAGCGUUACAAUCAACGACUUAUUGAGGAAUUGAAAAACAGACAGACUCAAGAAAGAGCAAGACUGCCUAAGAUUCAACGUAGUGAAGCCAAGACUCGAAUGGCCAUGUUUAAGAAAAGUUUGAGAAUUAAUUCAACGGCCACACCAGAUCAGGACCGGGAAAAAAUUAAACAGUUUGCUGCUCAAGAAGAAAAGAGGCAGAAAAAUGAGAGGAUGGCUCAGCAUCAAAAACAUGAAAAUCAAAUGCGGGAUCUUCAGUUGCAGUGUGAAGCCAAUGUCCGAGAGCUGCAUCAGCUGCAGAAUGAAAAAUGCCAUCUAUUGGUUGAGCAUGAGACUCAGAAACUAAAGGAGUUAGAUGAGGAGCACAGCCAGGAAUUAAAGGAAUGGAGAGAGAAAUUGAGACCUAGGAAAAAGACACUGGAAGAAGAAUUUGCCAGGAAACUGCAGGAACAGGAAGUGUUCUUUAAAAUGACUGGGGAGUCUGAAUGCCUUAACCCAUCAACACAGAGCCGAAUUUCCAAAUUCUAUCCUAUCCCUAGCUUGCAUUCCACUGGAUCGUAACAAUGGGAAGUAUUCUGUGGUCUAGUUUGGCUUUUGAAAUAUGUCAUUUUGUUCUCUUCAUCUUCUGCCACAGUCUACAUUAGAGAGUGCAUGAAGACAAUCACCUGCCUCACCUUCUAGGAGUUUUUUUGUUUGUUUUGUUUAUUUAGCAAAGAUGAAGGGAAAGGAACUAAGACAGAUGCUGGGCCAUGUUGGCAUAGAAGCAUUUUGCAGUAAUUCCCUAAGGUGAUUUUGUAUAUUAAUCUUAAAGAUUGUGUUCUUUAGAUGCUGGUACCUAAAAAAACUCUUAGAAAUAUAAUGUUUAAAGUUAUUUUAAAAAACCUGUUAUUUCACUGAGUAUUAGUAAAUAUCUUUUUCUCAAUGAUGCCUGAAUUCUGUAGUUGGAACUCUGCUGUAGAGAGUUGGAAUAAUUUUCUUUUGGUGAAUCAGCUCUCAUGAAAAACCUAGGAAUUGCUCAAAAUAUAAUACUGAUUCAUUAAAUCAAUUUUAUCUUUAAAAUAUCAACAAACUCUUUUAAAAGAGAAAAAAUAUUUCAGUAAUCUAAUAUAAUUACCUGUUUAGGCCUGAGCUAGUAUUCAAGGGUGCUAGUUUUAUUAAGAUAGUGCUUAAAACACUAAAUUUCAGUUGAGUCCAAAAUGGGAUUUUCUUUUUUAAUUCAACAGGGACAAAACAUCCUUAGCAUUAAGCAUUAUAAUUUUUAAAAUCUUGGUACUUUUACCAUUUGAUAAAAAUUUUCAUCCUAAACGUGGUGUACAUGGUUGAAAACAUGAAAAAAAAGAGAAUUUUUAGAUGUCCAAAUUGGAAAUGUAUUCACCAAAUUAAAAAAAAAAAAAGAUUUAGCUUUCCCAGCUUAUUUUUUAAAAUAAUACAUGAGCUAGUUAAAUGACUUUUCCCAUCUCAACAAAUUCUGUUCAUUGAAAACUGUCAGAGGCCUUCUGGCUGAGUUAUAUUUAUAAAUGUAUUUUCUAAAAUUGAUUUUAAAAGAGGCAUUUAUUCAGAAUACUUUUUUUAAAAAUUAAGUAAAAUAUUUAGGCAAAUGUUGGAAAUGACUUAGUUGUUUUGAAAUAGUCAUUUAUAUUUUGGUUUUAUUUUGUUCCAUGCUUAAAUUAUUUGAGUGGGAAAGCCUGAAACCUUUAUCCAUGUGGUUGCUGAUAUGUGUAAUUAUUAAUGAAAUGAUCACUCCUAGUCCCUCUUGAGGCUUAAAAUUUCAAGCAUGUGUCAGGUCAAACAGUAUUAUGAACUGUACUGUGCUGUGUGAGACAGUAAGUGAUGCUGCCUGCCAUUUGCAACCUUUUCUCUUUUAAGAGUACCAGGUACCAAAUUGUACAAGUUUCAGUUUUUGUUACAUUACAUUUGAUGCUGAUGAAAAUUUAAAUGUAACUGUGGGAACACUUAUUAAGGAAAUGUAAAUAUCUGUAGCACUUUCUUGCAGUUAAUUUGAAAACUUUGAAUGCUGAACCUUAUUUUGUUAGUGGUUUAGAUGAUUUAAAUGCAUGUAUGAUUUUCAUUUUGUAAUUAUUUUGACAAGCAUAAUUUACUUUGACAACUUUGUAGGUAGCCUUAACUUCUGGCCAAGUUUGUUUUUAUAUAUAUAUAAAAAAAAAUAUAUAUAUAUAUACACAUAUAUAUAUUAUGUAUGGUUGUAAAUUCAUACACUUAUCACAUGAAUGUGUUACUGUAUACAAAACUCCUUUAAUGCUUUAUUCUCAAAUGCUGGGUUGAAAAAUGUUUUGAAAGCCUUUUAAAAUAUAUAUCUUUAUAAAGUAAUAUUCAGGAUGAUGGAAAUUGUUUAUAUUAUGAUAAAAAUGACAGUAUAAAGUUACUCAGUGUAUUUAAUGAUUUAUUUUAAGAGGGAAAGAGGAGGAAUGCUCUCCUUUGAAAUUUUCAGUGGACAUUUUUUUAGUAUCAUUUAAAUUAUAUUCUGUAUGCUAAAUAGUUUGUGGCACAUAAUUCAUUUUGGUCUGAAUAUUUGAUUCUUUUUAUUCCUUUCAACUUGACAUUCAGAGUAUUGAGUAAAGGAAAGAGGUUCAGAGUAGAACGGUUGACACUCUGGUAAGUUUAUUUGCAACUGUUGGUAUCUCCCUUAAAACUGCCCUUUGGAUUCAGUAUUUAUGCUUGAGUCUUCUUUCAAAUAUGACCAUAUUCAUGUGUCUGCAGGACUACAGAGUGAUACAUAUAUAGAGGUGAAACAUUCAUUUUAAUACUUAAAGUUACAUAAAUCUUUUCAAAAAGUGUUUUGUUACAGAAUAUGCUGUUUGUACCCAUCCGUGCCCAUUUCUUCUUAGGCCCUGUAUUCAAAUAAAUAAUAGUGAUCUUUCUUUCUUGCAUGUAGUGUAGCUGGGCAGUGGGGGAGGGGCACAGACUUCUUUGAAAUCAAAGAGUACAGUCAAAUCCAUUCCUGAUUUGGUUGUUGUUGCUGUGGCAGAAUGUGCUGUGAAAUGCAUAAAAGAAAUUGUUCAUAUAUGUACCCUAAUUGCUCACCCUCCCCUCUUCUCCCUGUGUGCUGUAGACACACCAGACCGUCACACUUCUGCAGGUCUAGCUUUUAGAGCUCGUUGCACCAGGUUGCCUUUCCUAGUCCUGUCAAUCCAUAGUUGAGUGAAUUGCUGAAUUAGCUGCUAUAUUAUGUGGAGUCACAAUUAAGCUUUUUCUUACCCUUUUCUAUGGGGAAGCUAUAGGGUGGGUCAGGAGGAAAUUGAGUGCUUAUACUUUGCUGAAAAUAUUAGAACUUUCCUCUAACAGGAUACAGCAAAUUGUAGUUAAAUAUAAACCAGAACCAGAGCUACCUCUAAGUAGUGUUUCCUCAAGCACAAAGCUCUCAGGCAUAUGAGACCCACUUUAAUGGAGGGUCUCUGAUUUCUCAAGCAUCAGCGAAUUUCAGAAGUAACUGUCUUUUGUACUCUUCUAAGUUCCCUUGUAACUACACACUUUUCCCAUUCCACACUGUGCUUAAAUGACAGUCUCUUCUGAGAAGCCAAAUUCUGUCAAAUGAUUAGCUAGAGAUAGUAUUAAAGGAAACCUAGAACUGAGGUGAAAGGGAGAAUUAGUUCUAGUGCUAAUAGUCUUCUGAUUAAAUAAAUCAAUUCUUUUCUGGGAAAUGUUCUUUUCUGGGAAAUGGGAUAUUUUAAAUGCUUAAGUUUAAGGCACAACAGUUAAUGCCUCUGUUGUUGCUUUUCUGUGGCUGACAUGGUUUUGAUAUAGCUUUACACUUUCUGCUACUAAGCUUCGGGUAGAAUGUUAUACCAGUUUUAAAUGUUGGCUGCAGCUUUUUGUGAUCCUUCUUUGAUUUGCAGUGUAAUAACUUCACAAACUAAAUUUUCAAAAUUUUGUUCCAGAUUAUGCCUCUUGUCUACUUGGGAGCAAUGUGUCUUUUCAAUCAUGGGAUUGACAAAUGAAAAAUAAAGUUGUUUCUUAAUCUA